AUGCGGUCUCAACCUCCCCUCCAAUCAGCAGCGAACUCACAUCAUGGAGAAAAAGCUCAGAAGGGUUUCCAAAGCUUAUGGCUUCUGCCACAGGAGAGCCCGCAAAUGCAAGCUACCAUCGGCAGAGGGUUCGCUCUCAUGCCUGACGUGCCUCGAGCGUGCACAUGGACCCGGGUCACGGCCAAGCGAGGUGUCAAGCCUCGGCCGGGCAGAUUGGCUCAGCAGAACACGAAUGAAUCUUAUGGUGUUGGCCCUUGGAUAUACGAUCAGCGAAUUCACGGCUCAAGAGACACUAUCCGCGCACUUAUACACAUUCUUGCAGACCGUGUAUCCUGUAUUGUGCUGAUCUAUUUCUUCAGGUUUCCCAUAUUUUAUCAGCAACCACUUCUCCUCGAGUGGCACAGAUCUGACCUUUCCUCGGACCGGUGCUCCUUCUCUUAUCUGAUGGGUCUAUGUGCUCUUAGUCUGUCUCAUAUCAAGGACGGUGCAGUCCUGCCGUCUCGAGAGGAGGCAUUCACCACGGCUGCCCGAGCGACAGGGCUUCUUUCUGUGUUUAUAGACAACGCCGAGCGUAGAAUCCCGGCCGAUGUUCGCGGUCAAGACGCCUUCAGAUACCUCCCCACUAUCGCAUCCCUCGUCCUGGUUGCCUUCCAAACCAGGCACUCCUCUCUUCACCACCGCUACCUGGGUCUCUUCCACAGUCUCAUAGCAGAGCAAAACCUACACUAG